AUGCUGCUUGUGUGUUAUAUGCCUACUCUAAACAAUCCGUGUAUUUUCCAGCUAUCGAUUGCCCUUGUCCCCGCCAAGCACGCAGACUUUGUGCAAUACGUCAACUCCCAUCCUCAGGAACCGGUCUCCGGUCUGGUGAGGCAGUACCGCGACUAUGAUGCAAUCGUGCGCAAGAUGUUUGCUCAGGAACCCGAUCAUCCUUCUAUCUCGGUCGGAUUUCUGAGCAUCGUGCCGCUUUCCACUGAACAUGAAUCCGUCGAUCUGAAGGUUCGCGCUUGUGAUCCUUCGCCGGAGUCGGAAGAGGUCAAAUCCAAGCAUUUAGUUCCCCUUAAAGACGAGGACCGAAGACCCAAUGGCUCUCCGGCGGUGGUUUCUAGCAUGAAAGAGUUUCGGGCCAAUUUCGACAUUGUUUGUGAGAACUCUCUCCAUGAUCUGGACUGGAACAAUGUCGUGGUCCCCUGCAGUGCGGUAGCCUCUUCACUCGUACCGGUACCGGAGCAGUAUGCCCAUCAAGCCAUGGCCUCGGUCGCUUCUGUCACGAGAAGUUUGCGCUCGCGAAUGACGUAG